AUGAACCGUUACACUACGCGCACAGGCCAUGAAACCAGUUUACCUACUUUCAUUUCUCUUCAUUUUUCUCCAUUUCCUCUUUCUUUCUUUCUUUCUUUCUUUCUUUCUUUCUUUCUUUCUUUCUUUCUUUCUUUCUUUCAUUUUAACUGCUUCCAUUUCAUUGCAUUGUUUUCGUUUCUCUUCUUUGUAUUAAGCUUUUCAGUUUCUUUCUUUCUUUACAUUUUUAUCUCUAUUCCCCCCCCCCAACUCGCCAUUCAAACGAGCGAAGGAAAGCAUCAAACAGAUGCUGAAACUUUGAGGCGACACCCCGUCGCAUCCAAACGACUUCACAGGCGCUGCAAGUGUCCGCACCCUUUUACCCACACCUCCAAAUUACCUUCCCCAUCCCUCCGAUUCCCUUUCCCUACGCGUCGCAUUUCAUUUCAACCCUUCUCCUCCUCCUUUGCAGGUUUUUCGUUGCCUUUAUGCGUCAGUCCCGAUUCACUGAUGAAGGAAAGAAGCUUGCGUGGAUCCUCAUGCCCACAAACCCACCCGUUCUUACCAAAAUGUGAAGGACGUUCGACGAUGUCACCAAUAAAGGGUUAA